AUGAAGCGCGACGACAACGACGGCAACAUCAGCAUCAGCAUCACCAACUCCGACGGCACCUCGCAGCCUUCCUCCACCAGCCCGGCGGCCUCAUCCGCUACCCACGGCCAUGCCCCGGCCAAGAAAAAGCAGAAGCGCAACAAGCCCACGCUCAGCUGCGAAGAGUGCGUAGAGCGCAAGACAAAGUCGCCCUGCCGCUACUCAAACAUCGCCAACCUGAUUGCUUCUUCUGCCGACAAGUAUGUAUUUGGCACCGCGCAAAAUGCCACGCCUCGCUCCAGGAAGACGGCCACCAAACAUCCACUGCGACUUGGCAAGGACCCGCAUCCCCAUGCCAAGUCUAUCCAGGUGCCCCCGACGCCCAUCCGGACCCAGUAUCGGAGUGUGUCCUUGUCGUCAUCAGGCUCGUCGCCUUUUUUGCUUUCAAACAUCCCCUACUCUAACCACACGCCUGCCCCCUUCUUUGGCCUCGGCUUAGAGCAUCCCUUUGCCAACUACUGGACCAGCCGUGGCGGCCUGGCAGAGGUAGUUGGCGUCCUCCCUGCAAAAGAGCAGGCCGACAUUCUCGUCGACAAGUACUUUGAUGCCGUCGAUCCUGUCUAUCCCAUGGUCCACCGCAGGAACUUCUAUGCCGACUAUGAACGCUUCUGGUCCCUGCCCCUCGACGACAAGCAUGCUGCGGACCCUGUCCUCGUCGCCCUUCACUUUGUCGUCUAUGCCAUGGGCACUCAGUUCAUCCACACGACUGACAAUCGUGAACGCGCUCAGAUCGCAGAGUUCUACAUCUCAGCAGCUCAACAGGCCCUGCGCAUAUCCUCGUAUCUCAGUCGUGCCUCGGUCAGGACGUUGCAGGCCAUGGUCCUGAUAGGCUACUUCUUGAUGAACGACAACCAUGCUUCAGAUGCCUGGGCCUUUGGCGGUGUCUUGGUACGACAAGCCUAUGCCAUGGGCCUCCACCGUGACCCGGACAUCAUUGCCCCUCGUUGCUCUCGAAGUGACAAGCAACAGCGUCGCAAGCUAUGGCAGGCAAUAUUCUUCCAAGACACAUUCCUUACCGUCCUCCUCAAGCUCCCACCAACCACAGUCUUUUCAGACAUACAGCCACAGUCGCUGAGCGAUGAUCUGGACGACUACAUUCCAAAUGCCUCAUCAGCUAACGGCGCCACCGAUGCCGUCAUCAAUCCCAUGAGCAUCAGCAACAUUGCUUCCAACUUGGACCUCUAUCCUCCCUAUGAGCUUUCAGACCGACGAUACAUCCGCUCAAUGUGGCACAUGGCCAUUCUCGUUUCACGGACCGUCUGCAUUCCACGUUCGCUAGCAACUCCCCUUACCACAUCUGUCGCCCAAAAGACGGAGCUGGUCAGCGAAUAUUUUGCCUUGCACAGCACGUUUCCCGUCGAGCUCACAGCAUCCGAUGAUGCUACAAUACGAGCCAUGGCCGAACAAAACCCACGAGGCCUGAGGCAAAACCUCUUUUUCCGGAGCAACUUUUGGCACUGCGUCAUGGCUAUCCAAGCGGACGAGAACCCCGCCGAAGGUGUAGCGUGUGACGUCAAGGGUGCCCUGGACGCUGCCAGAAUGGCUCUGCAAUCCUUUUUCCACUUUUGGGAAUAUCUUAGAAUUGAUGCGAGUGUCUGGUGGGUUUUCCAGCACCGCGCUUUCGAAGAAGCGCUUCUCAUGGCUCGUAUUCUGGGUCAACAAGCCCAGCCGCUUUCGCCAACCCAAUCAGGCUUGCCUCCCUCAUCAGAUCCCCUUCUGAAAGAUGCAAAGGCUGAUGCGCGGAAAUGUCUUGAAAUAUUAGACUUGGUUGGCAUUGCCCCUGAAAUGCAAAAGACGCGCACCGAAGUACUCCGAACAGCUUUUGCCGAUAUUCUUUGGUAA